GCCCGAAAGGUCACCACACCGCACUACCGUCUCCUAUCCUCUCCUGUCCUAGGAAUCAGCUGAACGAUUGCCCUUUUCACAUGGAAUCCCAUAAACGCGACACGAUAAAAUAUUAGCGCUGGCUGCGACGUGGCUUGCGCUCCGUGGCGUCGCGCUAUCCCCGUCCCGCUCUCGCGGCCGCGUAUCCCGACUCCGCCUCUCACGCCGCAGCGCCGCCUGGCGGCCGAACCGCGAAAUGCACACCGAGUCUAUACACCGUCGCCACUUCGUAGUUAUAAUUUCGCUGGACGUAAAUUUCAUCGGAAACGGUUCAAUGGACUUUUCGAAAACUCCGAGCGUGUCAGGUAACGUGAAACGUCUCGUGCCACAUAAAAAUAUUGCAGAAAGUGUCGUUGCGCAAUUCGUUCUGUAAAUUAUUGUGUUUUCGGAGUGCCGAUUGUGAAUACGCGUGUGAUAAAGUGACUGGCCCCGUUGGAAGAAUACUAGGCGGUUUAGGCUAUAAGGUGAUCCCCAGUGGUGUGGUGUUGUGUGUGUGUGGUGGUGUCAGUGAUGGCGCGGAGCUAGCGGCGCGGCCCGGCAUGCGCGCGCGCCGCUAGCCAUGCCGGCAGCGGUCCCAUGGCGCAGUACACACAGAGGACUCAGCCAAUGCACAGGUACUGAAGGAAAUUUUAUUGGGAGAGGUAAUGCAACAACGACAGAAAAAGACAAACUCUACAGGAACAUCGGGCCCGGGCAGUCGGAGCACGGGCACGCGGCGCUGGCGUACGGCGGCAAGCAGGCGGGAGUGGCGCCGGCGCGCCCCCCCGCGCCCUACGCGCCCUCAUACCCGCCCGCCCAGCUCCGCCUGCACCAGCCUGGCUAUGGCUCGGCCGCACUCACAUACAGGGACAGCUACGGGCGGGCGGUGGGGGCGGGCGGGGCGCGCAUGUCCCUGCUGGGCUCGUACCUGCCGCCGCCCGCGCCCCCCGUGCACCACCCGCCGCCGGCCGACCCGCCGCCCUUCAAGAAGAUCCGCCUCUCAGCUGACCGCCCGCCCCAGCAGCAACUCAGGGUGGAUACUAGGGAAAACGUGAUGAAUUCGUACAGCGGCAGCGUGGAGGUGCUGUCGCCGAACCCGCCGUCAGACACCACCGUCGACGACCAGGCCUUCCGCACCACCAAGGAUGACCUGCUGCAGCAGAUAUCUAAGGUGGACCGCGAGAUGGCGCUGUCGGAGACGACGCUGUCGAAGCUGAAGAAGAAGCAGGCGGAGCUGGAGCAGUCGGCCUCCAAGCCCGCGCAGACCGAGGUGCCCGAGGAGGCGCCGCCCCGCCACCGCAGCCUCGCCCAGUGUAUAUACGCGGAUAACAGGAAGAAGGCGAAUCAGGCGCACGCGGCGUUGGCGCACCUGGGCCCGGCGGUGCAGUACCCGCUGUACAACCAGCCGCAGGACGUGCCCGGAUACCACGACAACAUCCGGAAACACCGCCUAUUCCGGAAACGGCUGGGCGAACACCUCAAGAAGCUGAAGUUGGAGGCUGAAAAGCGCGAGGAUGCCCUGGCGGAGGCGUACAGCCGGCGUGCGGCGGAGUGGAUGAGACGGGUGGAGAGGAUAGAACAGGGACAGAAGAGGAAGGCGAAAGACGCGCGGAACAGAGAGUUCUUUGAGAAGGUGUUCCCCGAGCUGCGGAAGGCGCGGGAGGAGCGGGAGCGCUUCCACCGUCUGGGCGCGCGGGUCAAGUCCGAGGCGGAGCUGGAGGAGAUAGCUGAUGGGCUGCACGAGCAGGAGCACGAGGACAAGAAGAUGAGGUCCCUCACCGUGGUGCCGCCGCUCCUGCGACCCGCCAACACGCCGAGACCAACACACCUUGAUACUAACAAGCGGUGCAUGGACAUGGAGAGCGAGCACAAGGAGCUAUCGAUGCGCAACGUGUGGACGCGAGCCGAGCGCGAGCUGUUCCGGGAGAAGUACCUGCAGCACCCCAAGAACUUCGGCCAGAUCGCCUCCUUCCUGCCGCGGAAGAGCGUCAGGGACUGUGUGAGAUUCUACUACCUAUCGAAGAAGGCGGAGAACUACAAGCAGCUGCUGCGGAAGCCCCGGCCGCGGCGGCACGCGCGGCCCCGACCCGCGCCGGAGCCCGAGCUGCCGCCCGGUGUCACCACCAGGUUGCAGCGGAGUCAGGGUACGGCGCGCGUGGUGGACAACAAGGAGGGUUCUAUGGACGAGGGCAUGACGGUGGAGGGCGCACCCGCUGCGCCGCCCGCCGCCCCCGCCCAGCCCAACAGGACGGACCUGAGCCGCACGCCGCCGCUGCCGCCGUCGCCGCCGCCCGCGUCCUCCGCCCCGGGGGCGAGUCCCCUCACCCUGGGCUCGGGGCUGACGGUGCCGAGCGCGGCGGACAGCGUCGACCGCACGCCCGCCUCCACCCCGCCGCCGGAGCCCCCGCCCCCGCCGGUCACCGUCACUGCCCCGGCUACCGUCACCGUUACGCCGACCACAUCUGCGCCAACCGUGGUAUCGGUGUCGUCGAGUACGCCGAGCAUACCCACGACGUCGGUCGCGCCCGUCGUGUCGGUCGCCGUGUCGGCCGCGUCGGUCGCGUCGCCGCCCGCCGGCCCGGCGCCCGGCCCGGCGUCCGGCCCGCCGUCCGGCGCGGGCUCGCAGCCGCCCACGCCGCAGCCCGCCCAGCCGCCCACGCCCACGCAGCCGCCGCCCACGCCCGAGCCCGCGGUGACGGAGCGGACGAGUACCCCGUCGAGCGUGAUCCCGACGAGCACGGCGGCCGUGAGCGCGCCCACGUCGACCGCGACCACGCCCACGCCCUCGGCCACGCCCACGGCGGCGACCACUUGCGCCGUGUGCGCCGCGCCGGGCGCCACGCGGGCCGUGUCGGGCGCACGCGCGGCGCAGUACGGGCUGGAGAGCGUCGCGGGCGGCGCGCGCGUGUGCGAGCCCUGCCACUGCCGCUGUGUGCGCGCACGUCGCUCACGCUGCACCGUGCCCUCGUGCGCCGGUCCCCGCGCCAAGCGCCUCAGACACCUGCCGCCGCGCUGGCACGACCUCCCCGCAGACCUCAAACGGCCCAUACUAGACGAGUUCCACAUAUCGAGCGAUCUCAGUAAGUGCUGCCUGACGUGCUUCAAGCGGAUAACGCGGCGGCUGGACACGGUCGGCGAGGGCGGAGCCGCGCCGGAGCCGAGCGAGGAGGAGGCGGCUCAGUUCCGCGCCCUGCUGCGCGAGCACGGCACGCAGUGGGAGCGCAUGGCCGCCGCCGCCGGCCGCUCGCCCGCCAGCCUCAAGGCCUUCUACUUCACGUACCGCCGCAAGCUGCAGCUGGACGCGGCCGCGCGCGCCAGUGACACCGACGGCAGCGCCAGCUCCGGCGACACGGACACGGCCAGCGCCGAGUCGCCGCGCGCGCCGCCCCUGCCCGGCCCCCGCACCGACGCCGCCGCCCCGCGCCGCCCGCGCCGCGACGAGUACGACUCCAGCGCCACGGAGACCGCUGACGAGGAGAACGACGCGCCGCAGGCUAAGAGCACCGUCAACGGCCAGGCGGGGCCCGUGACGCAGACGGGGCAGACGGGGCCGGGCGGGCAGCAGACGGGGCCCCCGGGGCGGCCGGAGCCCCCCGGCCAGACGGGGCCCGCGCUGCAGGCCGCGCCCCCAGCCCAGACGCCGCAGACGCUGGCGGCGCCGCUCACGGUGCGCGACGUGGUGCUCAACAUGAUCGAAGUCAGCCUCAUGAAGAACUCCCGGCCGACGCCGCCGCAGCCCCCGCCGCCGAAGGUGUCGGCGCACGAGUCGCUAGCGACGCUGACCGUGGUGGGCAGCGCGGCGCACGCGCACGGGGCCGCGUCCCCGCCGCGCGCCGCCAUCACACCGCUCGACAAGGACCUCAUGCUGUACAUCGAGCCCCGCGCCCCGCCCGCCCCCGCCCCCGCCCCGCCCACGGCGCCGCCCGCCCAGCCCGAGCCCCUGCUGGACCUCAGCGUCAAACGCCCGCGCCUAGAACAGCCCAAGCCCGCGCGCAUCAAUUCGCCCCAUCGCAACGAGUACGCGUACCGGACCGAGGAGCAGUACAACAGCAAGCCGAAGCCCGUCUCGUCGCCGCGGCCGGCGCUCAAGCUGCCGCCGAACAAGGGGUCGAUAACGCUGGGCACGCCGGUGGAGGCGCGAUUCGAGCGCGCGCCGGAGCCUAAAACCGGCAGCAUCACCGCCGGCACGCCCGUCCACACGCCGCACGACAAGCGCUACGACUACUACAAGCGCCGCAGCCCCGGCGGAUACUACCCCGCCCACACUACGCCCCGCCCCCAUUCGCCUUCUUCCUUCGCCACGUCGACGGCUGCGACAGUGUCGCGCGGGCCGUACGGACUGGAGCGGCGGCAGAUCAUGCUGACGGACUUCAUCACGUCGAAGCAGAUGCCGCCGUCCGCCGCGCGCCGCGACCGGGCCGACCCGCACCCGCAGCAUCCCCAACACCAGCAGCAUCAACAGCAUUCCCAGCACCAGCAGCACUCGCAGCACCAGCAGCACACGCAGCACCAGCCGGCGCGGCGCGACCGCGACUCCGUGUCCGUCAUACAGCGACACACGCACGUGCCACACGCGUACGCGCACCCGCACCCGCCACCUGGUCACGAGGCAUUCACGUCGCUAGUGAACGCGGCGUCGGCGGCGCCGGCGCUGCCCGUGCCGCGCGCCCGAGCCCCCUCACCCGCCCCCUCGCCGCCGCAUCACCACUCCUCGCACCAACACCACGAUAUCAGGGGUGGGCGAGAGAUGUCGUUAGCGCAGAAGUAUCAGAUGCAGUACGGCGAGCGACGGUACGACGGCCGGGAGCGACACCACACGCCGCAGCAGCAGCAUUCGCAGCAGCAUUCGCAGCAGCAUUCCCAGCAGCAUUCGCAGCAGCAUUCGCAGCAGCAUUCGCAGCAGCAUUCGCAGCAGCAUUCGCAACAGCACUCGCAGCAGCACUCGCAGCAGCACUCUCAGCAACAUUCGCAACAGCUGCACUCGUCGCAGCAUUCGCAACAACAACAGCAUUCGUCACAGCACUCGCAGCAACAGCAUUCGCAGCAGCAGCAUUCGUCGCAACAGCAUUCGUCGCUCGUCACGCAGCAUGUGCCACUCGUCAACCUAUUCCAGAGAGAGUCACGAGAUCGUAACAUGAUACCCGAGCGCAUCUACGUCUAUGAGCAUCAGACGCUGCAGCAGCAGCAGCAUCAGCAACACCAGCAGCAACAGCAGCAGCAGCACCAGCAACAGCAGCAGCACCAGCAGCAACAACAACAACAACAGCAACAGAUCUUGCACGAUCGUCACCAUAACAUUACGCACGGACAGUCGGUAUCGAGCGAGGAGCGGCGUGCGGGGAGUGCGGGGGGCGCUGGCCCCGCCUACAGCCCCGCCGGCAAGCGACCGCAUCAGAUAGAACGGAAGGACGUGCGACCGAUAGUGAGUAGCACCGUGAGUGUGAGCGCAGCGAGCGGCGCGGCGAGCGCGGCUGCGGGCGCGGCAGCGGGUGCGGCGAGCGGCGCGGCGGGCGAGCGGGCGCGGCCGAACGACGGCACGCUGACCGCCGCCUCACUCAUCAACGCCAUCAUCACGCACCAAAUCAGCCAGACGUCAGACCAGCGGUUCCCGAAGAUCAAUCGCGACAGCGAAGCGGGAGCUGCGAGCGCGGCGGAGCGGCCGGCGACGAGCGCGGCGAGCGAGGCCGCGCACGUCCGCGAGCUUGCGCGCGAACACAUUCGGGACGGGGAGGAGGUGGCCGGACACACCACCAGCAUCAAGCUGGGCGACCUCGCCUCCAACAUCAUCGUCAGAGACUUCAGCAGCCCCAACACCACCGCCCUGAUACACCACAACAACCGUUUCGCCGUGACGAACGCGGAUGGUUACUCUGCGGGCGGCGGCGGCGCGGGGGGCGUGGCCACGAGCGGCGCGGGCGACGCGGAAUGGCGCCGCGACUCGCUCAAACACGCGCCAUACCUCGAGCCCGUGUCGCCGCCCGAAUCCCUCAAUGUCAGAGGUGGCGGUCGUCGCUUCAGCGGCGUGGGCACGACCGGCCUGACGGCGUUCGACUACGUGACGAACCGCAUCGUGGAGGUGAUGCGCAGCGACGCGGACGAGCGCACCAAGCCGCUCACCUUCCCCACGUACGCGUACCCGUACUCCGCCCUCAACGUGACGCCGCCUGCGCCCGACGCGCCGGCCCCGCCCCCGCCGCCGCCCGCGCCGCCCCAGCCCGAGCCCGCGCCGCUCAUGUCGGCGCAGUACGAGCCGCUCUCGGACGAGGACUGACCCGCGCGCCGCGCCGCCCCCGCCCCCGCCCCCUAGCGCCGCGCGGGGGCACGCCCCGCCGCCCGCAGCUCCGUCAUCCGUCGCGCGAGGGCGGGGCCGCCGGGGCAGACACAGUGAUCUCAUAGUGAGCGACAGGACAGUGAUAACGUUCUUAUGUAUCGUGACAGGGAAUUUUGUGUUGUGGGAAGCUUUAACGGACUGUAACUGUGCGCCGGGCGUGAAGUGUAGCCGAGCCGGGUCGAAGCUCGGAGGUUACUCGCCAAUUUUUGUAAUAUGUUACGAAUUAAUUUAUUUUACGUAGUAGACAAGCUCGGUAAUGUUAAACACGGCUUUACUUAGGAGUUCUCACUUCUGUUAAGGCUGACAUCGGGCGGCCGGCUAGACCGCACGCCCGGCGCCGCCCGCACCGCGUCGGCGGAGCGCCCGCGCCCGGCGACGUCAUGUUAUUUAUACGUUACUAUCACUUUUUAAUUAUUUUUUUGUAUGAUGCUAAAUAAUGGGAGACUAUGUAUUUUUUGUAUCAAAAAACGUUGUAUAUUGUUAUACAUAGUGCGAAUACCUGGAUGUACAGUGGGAGGUCCGCGUGUGACCGCCCCGCGCCGGCGGCAGGACGUCCUCAGUCUUCCAUCUCUCGACACCGCUAGCGACGCCGCGCGACUUCGUCCAAAUCUAUUCCUAAGUUGUAAAUUUUGUAUAGUUAGUAGGAGGGCGGGGCGGGGGGAGGGGGUGUCGGGGCGCCGCCAUCACUCGAGUUAGUAACGCGUAGUUGAAUUAUCAUUUGUCGUGUAAAUAGCGCAUCCCCGUUUGUUGUGUAUAGUCCGCGCGCCGCGCCCCGCGCCGUUCCCGCCCACCGCGCCGCCCGCUUGUAUCGUAUCCUAGGCGUAUGGUUAUUAUACAUAUAUACAUACUGUGCAUUUGUAAUUAUACAGGCUAGUUUUACGAGUAUGAUAGAGAUUUUCAUUUUUUAGUUAGGUCAGUCGUUCGGACCGGGUAAAUAUGAUCGGAGAGGGUGAGAUGAGCGUGUGAGAGCGUCUGCGUGCGUGCGCGUGCGUGCGGGAGUGCGUGCGUGUGCAUGCGUGUGAGCGUGUAAGAGUUUGUAACGAACUCGCCGUCCGCCGCCGCGGGCCGGAGCACUGUCCGUACCGUUGUGCCCUCGACUCGUGUUGCUCGGUGGUAUUUAACGAUUACUUGUUCAAUUGUCUUCGAAUUUACAAACGUGUUAAACAUUUUAAUGACACAGAUAGAUGAGGAUUGGAUUGCUUUAAAAAUUGUUGCGCUUGAAGCGGUGAGUUAGGUUACGUAAACGACUGAUUAACUUUACUUUGAGCGAGGCUGCGGCGGCGGCUCUACACAAUGUGAUUUCUAUAUAAAAUUGUAACGUACUUGUAAGUAGCCGAAAGAAAAGAUAAUCCUGUAAGUCCCGUCAUAAGCGAAAACCAAGUUUUGGGAGGACAAAUCAAUAAAUAAGAUGCAAAUCUA